GUCCCGUUGCGUCACUUCCGUGUUUACUACCUGACGAAACAUGGUGAAAUGAAAGUAAAAUCCGACGUGUCCUACCCUUUUUAUUACAGUCUAUGAUCAUAAUCUUUUCAUUACAGUCUAUGGUCCUACUGUUGAUCGCUAAUUUUAGGACUCGGGAAUCGCUUGACACAACAUCCAAUUUACAACGUAGGAACUUCGAGCAUUCAAAACAGCAGCUGUACAUUCAGAUGUAAUGAUGCGCAACAGACACCGGGGAUCCAAUAUCGGCCUGCUCCUGCUGGCCUCUCAGGUUUUCCAGCUGGGAAUAGACAACAUCCCACCUGUCACUCUUGCAACACUGGGCCUCAAUGUCUAUUUGUUCCUGUUUCCAGUCAAACCCCUCCUACAGACGUGUUUAAGUGUUCGGGAGGCAUACUGGUACGGAGAUUGGACUCGUCUGCUGCUGUCACCGUUUCACCAUGUUGACGACAUGCAUCUCUACUUUAACAUGGCCUCCCUCCUUUGGAAGGGCAUCAAGCUUGAGAGGAAACUGGGAGGCGCCUGGUUUGCGUACCUGCUCUCUGUCUUCUCUCUGCUCACCGGAUUGGUCUACCUGCUCCUGGAGACAGGACUGACAUGGAUGACGGAAGACUCGUCGUAUAGUCUACAGUGUGCGGUGGGGUUCUCAGGUGUUCUGUUUGGGCUAAAGGUGGUGAAUAAUCAUUAUCAUCCAGGCGGAGCUACUUACGUCAUGGGGCUGCCCAUAGCCAAUCGCUACUCCUGCUGGGUGGAGUUGGUCCUCAUCCAUGUCUUGAAUCCGGGGACGUCAUUUGUUGGACAUCUGGCUGGGAUCCUGGUUGGGCUGCUUUACACGAAAGGACCACUAAAGAGAUUAAUGAAAACAUGUGCAGGCUUUGUGACAUCAAAUGGGCAUCAUGGAGGGACAUACUACAAUUCAUCAGGAUACAGUGGAUAUGGCAUGCCGAAUCCUCCAAACACACAUUAUGGACAGCAGUCAUUUAAUCGCAGGCAGUAUGGCGCCCCCUACAGGGAUCCGUACGACACACACAUGCCCUCUGCGCCGCCCCAGCAUCCCUAUACAGCAGGACUGUCAGAUGAGGAGCAGUACCAGGCCGCUAUCAGGGCCAGCCUCAACGACACAGGAGGCUCUACGCAGGCUAGACCUUCACAGGGCACUUAUUCCUACUCUAACCCGACGCCUGAAGAGAUCCGCUGGCGACGACUUCAGAGGUUUACCAGCUGAGCACUUGGAGAAGCUUGGGUAACACCACUAGAUCGUUUACGUGAAAGACAACACUAAACAACCAAUCGGAGCUAGCGGAGAAGUCUCUUUCCCCUUUAAUGCUUCCAAGGCUGCUGCCUGUACUUUUAAUAGCAAAAAGCAUUUGUUUUUGCUUUAAAUGCUGCUCGGAAUGUAUUUAUGUUAAAAGUGUAACAUCCAUGACACGUGGUUGUAGAUACGAGUGCCUUUUGCAGUGCUGAACGCAACUGUCUAUGUGCCAAUACGUCUUUCUAAAGUUUGUUUGUGAAUCUUCUCUAGCACAUUGCACUUGAUUAAUUCCAAACAACUUUUCUUCUUUAGUAACUAGUUUCUUAAGAAAGUAUAUUUUUUUGUAAUCAAACAAUAAACCAUGCUUUUUCUGA